CUGUUACAAAUUGCUAGGCAACGUUUAUUAUUGACGUGUUUGUGAUCAACGUGAUCUCCACUGAACAAGAUCAAAGAUUUUUUAACUUAUUUGUUUUAGAUUGAAAUAUUGUGUAAUCUUCAACAAUCAUGAAUAGAACAAAAGAUUUGGCUCCUAUAGCCAUUCCACAUGGGCCACCUGUGGAGUCCACCUCGGAGUACUUCAAAUCCUUGAUGGAAAGCGACAGGAUGGUCAAAAAAUAUCCAGUAUGGGACGUCGCGCGGCCUACUCCUCAAGUCCUGAUGGAACAGGCUCGCCGCGACCUCAUGGAGGCGGACACGAAGCUGGCGCUGAAGAGGGAAGAAGAGAAAGCAAACAGAGUGAUCAUGGACGCCAAGUGGGAGGACUUGAGAAAGAAAGAGAACCUCCUUAAAGAGUCUUUCAUUAGCUUUAAUAAGUUCAUAAGAGAAAAUCAAGAAAAGCGAGAUCGAGCUGAACGCAAGAUGCAAGCGGACACCGAAGUCCUGGAACGCAAGACCAAGGAGACAGAAGCGAUGAGGCAGAGAGUCAUCGAGAUGGAAGAGGUCAAGAAACUCAUGGAACAGCAAGUUAAGGACUACACCAUAUACGAGGACUACCUUAUGUCUGUGGUGCACAACUAUCCUGAGUUCAAACAGCCUUUGGACGUCCUCAACCGGUAUGAAGCUUUGGCGGCCGCCAAGUCAACCCUAGCAGAACGACAGGAACGAGAUCUUGAGAUGUUGGAGAACGCUCGCCAGGAGAUAGCUUCAUUGACUGAGGAGAAGAAACUCUUCAUCAUGGGGCUCAAUAAUACACUGGCUAAUCUUAGGUGGCGCCACGACAAAAUCCGUAACCGCGUGAUCAAAUGGGAGCUCGCUCUGAACCGCCUCAAGGAGACGGCGGCGAGGAGACACGUCGAGCUCUGUCAUGUGCGAGCCGCUAUAUGGAGCCUGUAUGUCAAAAUCUGCAAGCAAAAAGGUUUAGCUAUCGAUGUUUCUACUAAUGACUUCGAGCAGCAGCUUGUGGUGAUAAUGCGCGCUCUGUUGGAACUGCGCAGGAUUUACCGAAUCGCUCAGAGGAGGUCCAAAGAAAAAGGAGAGGCUGAAACGCACUCGCAGUCGCAUUAGGCUUGAAGCUGCCUUUAAAACAUUACUGAUCUCUGAGAUGCCAAGUUAUUAAUUAUUA